CAACUGUCCAUAGCUACCUCAUCGGAUGUGAUUGCGUCCUUAGUUACCAAACAUUUAGCGGACAAAUCUUUGGCUGUGGUUAGUUACUUAAUGGCUACAAAUGCACUGCUGUAACUUUAGCUUUGAAAUUUAGCUUAGAAAACACAUUAUGGAAAUCAUCAGAGGCAGUUUAGACGACAUUUCCCGACCUGUGUCGAGCGAGCAAACAGGCAGCCGCGUGUCCAGCGUAUCAUUACCUCACAGUGACAGAAUUUGUCCUACAGCUCCAUUUUCCCUAGUUGUUUUACCCAACGACGCUGCUCAUAUUCAGCUUCCGAGCAGCUCUGAAGACACUACAGCGGAUUCCGCUGCCAGAGGUCCUGGCAAAGAUCAGUCUCACACUGAUGCUUCCGAGGAAGACAAUGAACAUUUUAAACUACAGAGAGCCAUUGAAGAAAUUAAAAGACUUGAUGAGAUACUGUCUGCAAAAAUCUGCAAACAAAAAGAAAUCCGACGACAAAGAAAGGAGCUUCAAGCAAAACUCUGGCAAGAGUUCCUGCAGAAUAGACCUGAGGGUCACUCGGAAUCUGCUCAGGAAGCUUUAAACACAAGGUUGUUUUUGGCUUUGGAAGCACAAAACGAGACAGAAGAGGAGGAUGACUUUGUACCCGUGUUUGACACUCAGAUUCCUGAACACGAGCAGAAUGGAAACAACCAACACCUGAAGCCAAGUAAAAAGAGGCCAGACAGCUUGAUAAAAUCAUUUGGAGGAGAAUAUGAAGACACUGGGGAAGACCAAUUUGAAAGCAGCUGCUCUGGAGAUUCCAAAGGCAUGAAUAAACAGAAGGACUUUGUCAAGAAAAACAUUGAGCUCGCAAGUGGUGAAAGGGGUGAAGUGCUUUUGACCCAGGCAGAGAAAAGGCGUUUGACUGAGCUCCUCCGAGAAAUAGAUGAAGAGGAAGGCGACGGUGCCAGAGGCGCAGACACCAAGGAGACAAUGUGGGCUGUGUCUGUCCUGACAGGCCAGGGUUACACCCCAGAGCCCUCUGACCUGGAGCACCUGAUUGACAUUGACUCCAAAAUUCGCCUUCUCCUUCCUGUCGAAGAAUUUCACUCUGUUCAAAGCUCUUACACCAACGUAACCAUGUCACAGGGCCCUGGCUCAGAGGUUUGUUGGAAGUGUGAUGGGGACCCGCAGCCAGGAGAGAAGGUCCUGCAGGAUAUAAAGGAGAGGAGAGGGCAGGAGAGGCGGCUCCAAGAGAUCCAACGGCAGCUGGAGCUCCUGGGUCAAAGCCAAGAGAUGACUAGUGAGUCUCCAGACCUUACUGAGGAACAGUUACUCGGCCUCAUGGAUGGAUGUGAGCUGAAAGAAAGUUGGAGCCAGGACCUUGAAAUGAAUGACUGAAAUGAUUUGACUGCUAUCAGAAUGCAUAAUUUCUGAGAUUUCCUUAUAAAUUUGUGUGGUUAGACCUUAGCAUUAGAUUUCUGAAGAUAGAAUGGUCCUGUCAUAUAUACACUGCUUACCACAUAAAAACUACCUGGAGGAAAUGAAGUAAUCCCCUCUGUGACACCAAGACAUCCCUGACCUGUGAGGACAUGGAUGCUGGACCUCUGGGGGUGUCUUGGGAUGACACUGGCAGUGGUUCUUUUGAGUCCCGUGGGUUGUGCGGUGGGGCUUCUUUGGUUUGCGCUUGUUAUGGCACAUCCCAUGGAUGCUUGAUGGGAUUAGGAUGUGGGGAGUUUGAAGAUUGGGUCAAUGCUUUGGGCUCUUGGUCAUGUCCCUUGAUGUGUUCUUGAGCAUUGUCUUGCAGUGUGGUAGGGUGUGUUGUCCUGCUGGGGGAAGGUGCUACCGACCGUGAAAGGGCGGAUACUAGUCAAAGGAAGAUCCAGAGAUUCCCACUGCAUUUUAAACAUUGCAUUUUAAUGACGUGAUCAGUGACAUACACUUCUCUUGUCCAUGGUUCUAAUGUUGAAGCUGAUCGGUGUAGAGCAACAUAAACUGCUGGACAUUUUAUUCACGAUGUGGUAGCAGUGGAAAAAUUAUAGUCCUCAAAUUUGGUUCAUUUAGGAUGAGAACAGUUUUUAUUUUAAUCCUAAUUGGUCUGCAUGUUUUGAACAUGCAGCUUGAUUAUAACUCAGGUUUUUAUUUGUGUUUAUAUCUCUGCAUGAGGAAACAAAGCAGCAGGGCCACACUUUGUAUUAACCACAGUAUCAUAGAUCAGAACAGAAAAUUGCUGUCAUUAAAUUUAAUAACCGGGUGCCGCAGCCACAGAAUGUUCUAAUGUACACAUCAGCUUAUAGCAGCGGGUUUGUGGGGUGAACUCUGAGCACUACUGUGUUUUAAAGCUUUUUCCUAUGAAAUAUAGAAUGUCUGUGUUAGUAAUGUGUGGUCAGACAUCCAGCAUGGCUGCUAAUGAGAAGGGAGGAUGUGUGCUCUAUAGCAGUGAUAGUCAGCUCCAGCUCAGCUCCAAGCAUUCCACUCAUUCCUAGCUCUGUAGGUGAUCUCCUUCAGAGUGAAUGGGUUAGAAGGAUCUUCUGAAAUGGGACCUUGUGUGACCUCUUUCAAGCUCAGUUGUCAUUUACAUAAGUGGAUCACCCUGACAGUAGAUGACCAACUUUGACAAUGAUGAGUUUUGGUUUGUUUGAGAGAUUUUUGGAAGCCCUAGACAUCCUUCCUAUUUGCUCCAUGCAUGCAGAGCCCGGGUAGCUAAUCCGCACCUGGCUCAACCUCAGCCCAGAGGCCCUGCCUUUUUACUCCCCUUGCGCUGGACACCUACGGGCCUGUUCAUCUCACUCUUCACCUUACCCCUCACAUUCUGACCUUGUCUAAAUGGCAGGAAUUAUCUCACAUUCCUCUAGACUGGAGACAAAUCAGCCAGGUGAACCUCCAAGGACACAUCCCAACGAGAGUGAAACCUGCUUCACCAUUUCCCCUCGAAUCUAAACAUUUAAUGGAUCUCUGAGAGAGCAGAUGCAAACACUUUUCAGACUAAUGGCACUAAACUUUGUCGUAUAUGACUAAUGCACUUAUAACAUAUGUAGCAUAUUUGUCUUUAUUACACAAAUAAUGUGUAUGUAACUGACACAGUAUAUUCCCAGAAGGGAAGAUGAACUGCUCAUUUAGGGUAAUGGAAAAACAGUGAGCUCAUUAUGGUAAGAAUGAGGUCACUGCUAAUGUAAAGAGACCUGCGGCACACUGAGAAUGUCUGGGGUUUUUUGGCGCGACCCUCACUGGCGCACAUUACAGCUCUUUCUGACCCCAAGAAAGAUUUAAAUUAGUAGUCAUAUUUCUGUUUGCAAUAAUAUACUGCCGCUGUGUCUUACAGCAUAACAGCUAGCAGGCUACAGAGCUGGUCUAUGGAUAGGAAGCCAUCUUUUUUGGCGUGUUAUAUUUGGAUGUUUUUAUGAAAAGUGUGGAGUUUCAUUGCAUGUUCUUAUUGGCAAAAGUGGCACACAGCCAUAACUUAAGUUCAUAUCUCCCUAAAUUCUGUCUAAUACCUGUCCAGUGGAGUGUUGUCAUUUGAAGCUGUAAGAAAAAUGCUUGUGCAAUGUGCGGUCAUAUCUGUAAAGAUGUGCUGCUUAAAUAGCUUAUAAUUCAUGUUGAGUUUUGCUGCUGUUGACUCCCAAGGAUACUCCCUUUCUCCAAGGAUUCACUAGACCCAACUAAUGGAUUCCAGUUGCUUGACACAGCAUGGCUUGACUCCCUGUGUUUGUAGAUAUGAAGUAAAAAAAAAAAAAAAAAAUCAU